AUGGCAACAACAGUUGGAAACGAGCUUGUGGAUCAGGCGGCGAAGGUGGCAGCACAGAGUGGUUCGGUGCCCUUGAUGGUGGAUCCCACCCAACAGACGGAUAUCACGACCUUUGCACAUUGUUACGGCGGGAUUGUUGAAAUCGAUCUACGUCAGCUCCUCAAACAACAAUCGACAAUCCGUCACCAUCAGGCCUGGACGUCACAGAGGCGGGUCAAGAGGGCGAUCCCUGACAUCGAUGACGUGGAAUGGAACUCGAUCUUGGCUUAUGUCCACGACAGGCACGCAGUCUUCACCUUUUACAGCAACAGCAAGGACUCCCAUCAACGCACACAUCACAUCAAAAGGCUGCAUGGAAUGCUACCCACUCUGAACUCCAUGCAGGCUCGCAAGCCCAACUUGUACCCAACAUGCGUAUGCCGACGAUGCGAGCUCGAGAAGGAGGAUAUCUAUCAUAUCUGGAAAUGCCCCUUGGCAGCCGAGACCACUACUGAGAUCUGGAAGGAGGCCAUGGGCAAGAUUAACGAGUGGGGUGUGCAGGCGACAAACAGCUACAACGCAGCCAGGAAGCAGGAAUACAAACGCGCGGUGGCGGUCGUCAGGUACCGAGGCCAGUACCCAUACAUUGGUGGCCCCCUUCGGAUGCAGAUCAUGUACGAGGAUUUUCCUCCAUCGGUGGAGCUCGAGCCAUGCACAGCGAAACCGAUGUGGAACGUGUCGGAUCUCCUCCGCGGCAUCACCCCCUUGAGCAUGUUGACUGAAUGGUCCGCGGUCUUCCGGACCCCAAUGUCCAUUGCCAAGACGGUCUUGCACAAGUUUGUUGGCUACCUGGAGGCGCAGGCCUCGGAGCUGAUCUGGAAAUCUCGGUGCUCUGAGACGAUCGCGUGGGAACAGAGCCAGGGGAUCUCUGCCAAGGGCAGGAUAUCCAAGUACACAGGCCCCCGAGGUGACUGGAGUCAAGGAUACGGUUACAUCGCCCACGAUGGUUUCUGCCCAUGUGGCGCUUCGCUAGCCACAUAUGAUGAAGGAAGGUGCCCUGGAGCGACUAAGGACCCACGCGCUGCUGACGAGCGGUUGUUGGAGAGUUUGUUGGGAAGGAAGAGGUUGUCAAUGAUGGAGAGGAUGGGAAGAAUCCCCUUCAUUUGUAUCUAG